GUCUUUACGAAAACCUUUCCCUCUCAUUCCUCUCUGGAAAUAAAAAUUCCAUCAUGCCACCUGCCGCAACGACAGCCAUUUAUGUCGAGAUCGGACGGCUCACAUUCUCCCACUCUGACCAAUCUCAGCCGUCGAUCUGAUUCCCCGUCCUAGAUCGGCGCAGGUAUAUAUAUCGUAGACUGGGUAGGGACCGACUUUCGGAGCUCGAAGCUUAAUAAAGGUAAUUAACAAUAAAUAAACGAAUUUUAAAAGAGCACAAACCUUUCCUCUCUAUUUUCCGUUUUGCCCCUUCGGCUUUUUAUUUUUUCGCUUCGCGUUUCUCGGCGGCCGGCUUACGUUUUUGUUGCCUAGUGCUUGAUGGAGGGACCUUGAUCUUUCCGGCUCUGUGCUUUCCGUUUCGUGCAUUUCCUGCGAUUUUUGAAGCGCUUGAUCGAUCUUCUUUCUCAUACACUGCUCAACGGAAGUUUAUUAGAAGAAUUCACGAUUUCUGAAGUGUGAUGUCUCCCCCACUGCUGGGUCCUGAGGAAGAAGGGCAGAGCAAUGUCUCUUUGGUGGCUUCUUCAGCCUCAAACUCUGUCUCCCAGAAUGGAUUAAAAGAACGUAAUUACUUGGGAUUGUCAGAUUGUUCUUCUGUGGAUAGCUCACCAGUCUCAAGAUUGUCAGAGUGUAAGAACAAUCUAAAUCUGAGAGCUACGGAGCUGACGCUUGGUCUUCCUGGAUCUCAAUCACCUGAAAUAGAUUCUGAGCUUUGCUUGCUGAGCUGUGGAAAACUUGACGAGAAGCCCUUGUUUCCUCUGCUUCCUACAAAAGAUGGAAUCAGCUCAUCCUCACAGAAUGUCUCAGGCAACAAACGGGGCUUCUCUGACACCAUGGAUGGAUUCUCUGAGAUGAAAAGCUCUAUGUAUACUGAAAAAAAUUGGAUGUUUCCUGCUGCUAAGGCUGAGACUGAUGCUUCACAGUCCGUGGGACAAGGGAAAUUCACUAUAAAUUCGGGGAUGAAUGUAAUGCUCUCAUCUAGGCCUUCUGGGGCUCAGCAAUCCAUAAUGAAAGAGGUUCCCCCACAGGCAGUACAGGAGCGGCCUCGUGCUAAUAAUGGAGCUAGCCAUAAUCAUAUGAAUGCAUCUAACAAUGGCGGCAGUGCACCAGCUGCCAAGGCACAGGUUGUUGGUUGGCCACCCAUAAGAUCAUAUAGAAAGAACACACUGGCUACCACAUCAAAAAACAAUGAUGAAGUAGAUGGAAAGCCAGGACCUGGUGCUCUUUUUGUCAAGGUCAGCAUGGAUGGUGCUCCUUAUCUCAGGAAGGUAGACCUUAGGAGCUACACUACAUAUCAAGAACUAUCUUCAGCCCUUGAGAAGAUGUUCAGCUGUUUUACCAUAGGCCAAUGUGGAUCUCAUGGAGCUCCUGGAAGGGAAAUGUUGAGUGAGAGCAAGCUGAGGGAUCUUUUGCAUGGAUCAGAAUAUGUGCUUACAUAUGAGGAUAAGGACGGAGAUUGGAUGCUUGUCGGUGAUGUGCCCUGGGAGAUGUUCAUUGAUUCCUGCAAGAAGUUGAAGAUCAUGAAGAGCUCUGAUGCCAUUGGUUUAGGUAUGUAUACUUUUAUAGCUUUUGAUUCAUUUAACCACUGCUAUGUUUGGGUUAAAUUGCAUCACCUGAUUUAAUUCCACGUCUUUGUUUUGGAGAACCUUUUACUAUUUUUGUUGCUGAUCUGGUAUUCACAAUAUAGUUAUGCAUUCUGGUUGGAUAUCUAUGCUCCAUUUCCUGGCUUGCUACUUGCUGCUAGAAGGCAGUUUGUAAUAUAGGGAGAAAUUGAUUGGAAUAAGUUUCCUGACCAAGAGAAUGGGGUGGCCGUGGCCCAUUGGAACUGACCAUGCCUGCCACAACCAUUACCAAUAAUAAAUUUAGUUUUAUUCAAGUUUUUGUUGGAAUAUGGAAAUCUCAUAUAUGUGUAAAAUGCCUUUCGUAAGUCUAUUUAUUUAAUGAAACAACUGCUUGCAAAGAUAGGAACCAUGAUAUUUUUAUGAAGUGAAAUUGUGCCUUAAAAUCUUACUGUGCAAUGGCCUGAGAUCAUUGCCUCAUGGUGAUUUUUAUAAUACUUGGUGGUUAUAUGGGGCAGGGAAGAUCUAUGCUUAAGACCUGCACCACUGAAAUGAAGCACUUUUGGAGUGACCAUAUUUAAGGGAAUCAAUUUUAGGGUUCUGGAAUCAGCUCUAGUUUCAAAUCUCAUUUGUAUCAAUAUGGAUGUCAACCUCAAAGUUUACUGUUGUUUGUGUGAAGCUUCCUGCAUAUUUGCAAAUUGCAUUGCUUAUAGCAGAGGAUGGAGGCAGCAGUAAUCAAGUAUCUGCUUGGACUGCUUGCUACCAUCCCCCCCCCCCUCUCUCUUCCCUAAUCUAGAUGAACUUCAUUUUUUGUUUGGAGCUCAAUUUGAAUAAAUUGAAUAUUCACUACUUUUGAUCAGCAGAAAUCGAGUAUCUGCUUCGACUGCUUGCUACCAUUCCACCCCCCCUCCCCCCCCCCCCCUCGGCGCUUUCUCCCUAAUCUAGAUGUACUUCAUUUGUUGUUUGGAGCUCAAUUUGAAUAAAUUGAACAUUCACUACUUUUGAUAAGAGGAUUGAUCAUAUAAUAUCUUUCUGGCUUGGUCCCCAGCUCCCUGGGUUAUGGAGAAAUCGAAGAACAGGAACUAGCUUGUGUCUGCUGUCCACGACUGCUUUCUGGCUGCCAAAGUUUGUUCGUGAUUUCGGUUGAUGAGAAAGUGGAGCUGGAGAAGGGAAGUGGCGGGGGAUGGCAGUGCAUGGGCUGGAUGCUUUCUUUGUUAUGGCUCGUGUUUUGAUUGCAUGGAAGAAGUUCCCACGGUAGUCUGUGUUAUGUUUAUGAUUAUUAUGAGACCUUUUUUUGUUUUUUCUCAUUAAGAAAGAAAAUUAGUGUUUGGUGAGUUUAUUUCUUUAUAGGGACCCUUAGUUGUUUGAAGUGCGUUGUAUUUGAUGGAUGUGUGUUUGUGAAAAACAAAGUGUUUAUGCCUUUCUUCCCCACGUAACGCCUGUUCUGUCA